AUGCUGCACACUCGCGAUAUGGUAUAUACGAAAUUCUGUGGGUUUCCUACCGCUUCGAACGAUCGUCUCGCUGUUAUUGGAAACGAAGGAAUUCUGUUUUCGAUGAGUCACCUUAACGAGGCGUUUCUUGUUUCUAGCCAUAUCAAAGGGCCAUCAGCGGUAUCGCUUGAAACGCUCGAUUUCUCCUCUGGUCAUUUGGAAAAUGACUUUUCCAUCCGACUUUUCUAUCAUGAAGCGCAAACAGGCACGCAGUAUACUAUCAUGUCGAAGGAGAUCGUUCACGAAGCUUCGUACGAUCGCAAGCCCGAUGGAACUCUUACUCGGUCUGGUGACAUCAUUGUUGAUGCUCGCCCACGAGUGAUCCAGUGCAGUCCGUCAACGGCAUCGGUACACGUGCGCAGUUCGUAUAUUGACAUGGGAGUUCAGGAAAGUGAGAAGGCAUACGUGAAACGUGGUUUGAAACGUGUGCAUGUGUCUCGAUCGGGAAUGGUGGUGUCAGAUGGUAACUGUAUUACAUCAAUGGAUCAUUUCGGACGUAUUGUCAGCAGUACCUAA